UGGUGGCCUGUUCAGGAAUAAGUCAGUAGUGCUGAACUGUGAGAUAUCACAGGUGAUCGGCUCUGUGACCCUGGCCUGGCUCCGGAUGAAGGGGGGCAGGGGGGAGAUCAUAAAACAGGAGGUCCUGAGUGAGAGGCACCUGAAAAAGAUGCUCAGUCUCACCCUGCCCAUUCUGAGCAGAGACCAGCUGCACUGGGCCUGUGCGGUGUUCACAGAGAGCAUGCUCAGAGCACAGGUCCCCCUGCACCUCACACUGCCAAAACCCAUCACUGAACCUGAAGAGCCAAAGCCAGGAUGGAGCACUGAGACAGUGGUCAGGGUGGUGAUUGUAGUGCUGGCCACCCUGGGGAUGCUAAAGGUUCUUAUGUGGUACUGCAGGAGACGCCCAGCAAUGUUGGUGCAGUACAAAUACUUCCUUUCUGAGCAGAUACGGGGGGUUUCUCUACAAGCCCCUGCUGAGACCAACGGGACAGAAUUCAUCUGGGAGUGGACGUCACAUGAUGGAAGCUACACAAACACUCGGAUAAUAACUAUACAGUCCAAUGGAACAUAUUCAUGGAAUUUGAAGAAGGCGAACAUGUCUAUUUCAAAAGAAAGAACGUACAACAUUAUUCUCAAACCAGAGUUACAAAAUGCAGGAGUUUUUACUUUUAUUCAAACUAAACCAAAGAAAGUAGAAGUGGCCCAGUUUGAAGUGUUCGCUAUAAAAGUGGAACCGUUGAGCUGGUCCAGAGAAAAUGAAGGUUGUGAUGUGAUCAGGAGCUGUGAAGUAUCACGCCUUCCAGAUUCAGCUACACUGGACUGGGAAAGGGACAAAGAACCUACUGCUAACACAACGCUGUUCUACAACAACACUGCCCACAUCAUCAUCCACAGUGCUGACCAAUACAGUACACGUGGCACAGAGCACACUCUGUACAGAGGGAGUUUGAACAGCAGUGAGGUGAUGCUAAUCUGCCGUUCUCCAGCCUCAUACAGAACAGCAUAUUGGCAAUGGGAGCCAUCGUCUGGGACAAAUGCAAUCCGUGUGGCCUCAGCUGAUAAAUAUGAGAAUGCUUCGAUUUCCAUGGAGGUCGAUAAAGAGAGAUUCUCAUCUGAGGGCUUUGAUGGGUCUAAUUUUCCCCUGAGAAUCUCACCGGUGAAGUUUGGAGACAGUGGAAGGUACUUCUGUUACUCUGAACACUCCCUGAUGGCCACAGUAAUGCUGGUAACUGUUCAGGUCUCAGCAGUGCCCCCUGGUGGUCUGUCCAGGAAUCAGUCCGUCAUGCUGAACUGUGAGAUAUCACAGGUGAACAGCUCUGUGACCCUGGCCUGGCUCCGGAUGAAGGGGGGCAGGGGGGAGCUCGUAAAACAGGAGGUCCUGAGUGAGGGGCACCCGAAAAAGAUGCUCAAUCUCACCCUGCCCACUCUGAGCAGAGACCAGCUGCACUGGGCCUGUGCGGUGUUCACAGGGAGCAUGCUCAGAGCACAGGUCCCCCUCACACUGCCAAAGCCAGAUAAUGGAUGGAUGCUGGUGAUUGGUUUGGCCUGUACUGCUGCUGUGUGUGUUGGAGUGCUGUUGCUGUUAGGAGGUCUGUUGUUUCGGCGUCUAAAAACAGCAGCUGGUUCCUCCUCAUCACCAGCUGAAGGGAAAGGUGCAGCUGAUCCAGUCUACAGUAACAUCACAGAUCUGCAGCAGGGUCAAGUGGAUGGGAAUGGUGAUUCCAGUGCAGCUUCCACAGUCUACAGUAAUGUCGCAGCUACAGAAAGAUCAAGGAACAAGAAGAAAAUGAUAAAGUGAUCUAUGCAAGCGUCUGCAAAACGUAAUAUGGAUAACUAUUCAAUGAUUCUAAUGGAAAAAUGAAACAAAAUAAUCGA